ACAAGGGCUAUGCGCUUGCUUCCAUCAAACACCACCUCUCCUGACUCCACAAACCCAAAUGCUUGGAGGCUGUCCACUUGCGUGAGCUUCCUUGGUGUUUGGCUCGUGCGCUGUUAGAACUCGCGUGCAAGCAUGGCGUGGUUAGAGAAGUUGAAUUCGAGGCUCGAGUCGUUCCUAGAAGUGGACUUCGAAAGGCCGCCAUCCUUCCUUUCCCAGACGUCGCACAUGGUGGAGUCGUCCGUCGCACAGGUGGGCAGCGGCGUGCGACAGCUGUACGGCGACUUGGUGCGCGACCUCUUCGAGCCCGCCUGGGACGACGACCUCUUCGCCGCCGCCGCCGCCCCCGCCCCCGCCCCCGCUGCUGCUGCUACUGCGCCUGCGGUCGCGCCUCAUUCGAUUGCGCGCAAGCGUGUGGCUGCCAGCAGCGGGGCGGAGAGAAGCUCCAAGGCCGCGGGGAGAUCGGCGGGCGUGCGAGGGGCGGAGGGAGGCGGGCGCAGCACCGGACGCGCUGCUUUGGACGGCAGUGGCGCGAAUCAUGGUGCGAGCACGGCGGCAGAGUGUGGUCCUCCCCCAUCCACCGCGCCAAAGCGGGCCUCUCUGCCGUCGUCUGCCCAGCCUGGCCCUCCGCCUGCCGCCGCCGUGGCUGCCAGGGGAGGGUCUGUUGUAAUGGGCGGCAGGGGGGCGGCUUCAUCAACCAAGGCGGGCGAGGAAGGGCCGGGGGAGCGGGAGGGCCUGCGCAAAGAGAAGGGCGCUUCAGCAGUUGCUGGGCGCGGGGACGGGAGUGGGGUGCCGCGAGCAGGGAGGGGCGAGGGCGCGUGUGACGACGUGGUUGGUGCUGCGGAGAAAACGGCAGACGCUGGGAGCGAGCGGGGACGGGCUCAAGGGGCAAUGGCAAGGAUGCAGGGAAGCGUUGACGCGGGGAGGAGGCGGAUGGAGGUGCGUGCUGAAGGCACGGAAGGGAAGGGCGUGGGCGGAGCAUUGGAGGGGGCUGCAAUGGCUGUGGAGGAAUGCAAGGAGGAGGAGGAGGAGGGCGAUGACGAGGGAGAGGAAGGUGCUGCCAUGGGCGACUGGCAGGAGAUGGUGGGUGCGCUGGAUGCGCUGCUGCCCGCAAGCUGGAACUUGGAGACUGAGCAGGCUGCGGGGAAUGAUGGCGAGGAGGGAGGCCACAGGGAAGUCGGAGAGGGCAGUAAAGAGAGUGGGGCAGGGGCAGGGCGGGCAGCAGAGGGAUGUAGUGAUGAGGCGAGUGGGCAGAGUGGAGUGGAGGUGGCAGAACAGCAGGGGAGAGGAGAAUCUGCAGGGGAAGAGGAUGUGCAGAAGGAAGAGGUCAUUGAGAACUUGGCACCGGAGGUGUGUGAUCCGCAUGUGGCAGCCGCAGUGUGUGCCGCAGCGCCUCUAGCUGUGCUGCUGUCGGGCUCGCCCCUACCCACACUGGCGCCACAGCCACCGCUCUUGGGCCUCCAGCACCUCGCAGCAGACGCUGCUGCUGCUGCUGCCAGCAUGGCGAUGGGCGAUGCUAGCGGAGAAAGGACGGGACCCAUGCAGGUGGCAGGGGAGAGGGCAGCAAGAGGCACAGGCGACUCAGCGCUUAUGUUGGUGAGGGGGAGGGAGGCAACAUUUGGGGUCGUGGCAACAGGUAGACGUGGUGCAACGGUGAGAUUUGAGGCAGCAGUGGUAAGUGAGACAACAGAGAGGCUUGUUGCAGGAGAUGGCAAGGUGUACUGCGGGACAACGGAGGUGGUGGUAGCUGCCACAGGCGGUGCUUCCACUGAAGCUGACACAGGCGGUGCUUCCACCGAAGCUGAGGCGGGCAAUGCUUCCACCGAAGCUGACACAGGCGGUGCUUCCACCGAAGCUGAGGCGGGCAAUGCUUCCACCAAAGCUGACACAGGCGGUGCUUCCACCGAAGCUGAGGCGGGCAAUGCUUCCACCGAAGCUGACACAGACGAUGCUUCCACCGAAGCUGACGCAGACGAUGCUUCCACCGAAGCUGACACAGACGAUGCUUCCACCGAAGCUGACACAGGCGAUGUUUCCACCGAAGCUGAGGCAUGUAAUAUGUACAGCCAAUCCGAGACAGACAGAGCGUGCACAAAAGUGGAAAAGGGUUGUCGCCACAGUCAACCUGGGGCAGAGGAGGAGGCAGAAGGAGGGGAGGGCAGCGGGGAGGAUGAGGACGAGGCGUGCAUUCCAGACAUAGACGAGGUCUUUGCAGCGCUGUGCGACAGCACCUCACUUCCGUCGCAGCAGCGUGUGACCGCCUCCAGUGUUGUCGCUGCCACAGCAGCUGUCCAGCAGACUCUCCAUGAGCCGGAAGGUGAGUUCACGGCGCGCUGGCUAGAUGUCACCCCCUGUGACGCCACCACGCCCUGCCUGCACCCCACUGGCGCUCCUGCGGGCCAAAGAAGGCUGCCUCCUCCAACCAGGCCGGCUGCACAAGUGACCUCCCUGGUUGCUUCUCCAGUAGGCGUGCCUGGUGUUGCCCCAUGCCGACUGGGAGACCCAGCUGCACCUUCAGAGGAUGAGUGGGACUGGGAGCUCGUAUGAGCUUGGGCUGGAACAUCCUGUAAAUAUGUAUAGCCCUUAGAAAUGCCCUCCUGCAUGUUGCGUUCAGCUCAGUCAGCUCUGUUGGGCUAAAAAUAGCCCUAGGAUCUUUUCAGAAUGCUAUGUCCUUGUAACAGAGAGCUUGAUAGUCUCAGAGUAACAAAUUAUACUAGGAAGGGUGGUCCAGGGUAGUU